GGCUCGAAUGGAAUGGAACGUGGGCCGAAAUACAUGUUGGACCUCAUCGCUCCCACCGUAUACCCUAUGGCUGCUUGUCACAAUACUAGGGUUUUAAACCCUACUAUAAAAGCUCCUUGAUCCCUCGUUCUGGUCUUGCGGUGAGCCAUUUCUUGUUUGAAGGUGCCGAAUUAAGCCGCAAUGGUGAAGUACUCAAGGGAGCCUAACAAUCCCACUAAGUCAUGCAAGGCUAGAGGCGCCGACCUUAGGGUUCAUUUCAAGAACACUAGGGAAACUGCCUUUGCAAUCAGGAAGUUGCCCCUGGUUAAGGCUAAACGGUAUUUGGAAGAUGUCCUUGCCCACAAACAGGCCAUUCCAUUCAGGCGUUUCUGCCGUGGUGUUGGAAGGACAGCCCAAGCGAAGAGUAGACACUCAAACGGCCAAGGAAGGUGGCCUGCCAAAUCAGCAAAAUUCAUCCUUGACUUGCUUAAAAAUGCCGAGAGCAAUGCUGAAGUGAAAGGUUUGGAUGUUGAUGCUCUCUACAUUUCCCAUAUCCAAGUCAAUCAAGCGCAGAAGCAAAGACGCCGAACAUACCGAGCCCAUGGAAGAAUCAAUCCUUAUAUGUCAUCCCCGUGCCACAUUGAGUUGAUAUUGUCGGAAAAGGAAGAACCUGUCAGGAAGGAGCCCGAGACGAAGUUGGCGACAAGCAAGAAAUCCCAAGCUCUUCGAAGUGGUGCCUCUUCUUAGAUUUUGUUGCUUGUUUUUCUGAUAUUUCUUGAUGAAGUUUUGAACUUCGUUUCAAAUUAAUGUGGUUUAAUUGUAAAACUUCAUUUAGUGUUUUUAGACUAUGGUUUUUCACUCGAUGGAUACUUAAUAGUUGUUUCUAAUGAAAUACUAAAUAUUUAAACAA